AUGAAACGAAUGAACAAAUUUAAUCGAGAGGAUUAUCAAUCGUGGUUGGAGAGUUUUUGUUUUAUUUUGACAUGGUUGGAAGAUUUUACCUUGUCGUUUAGAAAUUGUCAAAAGUCAAUGUCGUUGAUGAACCCUCCUGAAUGUGACAAACUCUUUCAUGAAAAGGAUUUUCAAGGAAAAUCAGCGAUUGAGUAUAUUGAAUUUGAAAUUUCCUCAAAUUUGGAAUGUGACAAGAGAUGGUUGAAUGCUUUGGAUUUGUUGAAAUGUUUCGAGUGCAAGUAUGUUGCAGCGAGAACAAUGGAAUCGAUUCAUGGAAUUACAACUCAUGCCAAUGUCAUCACAACACCCAAACACAAGAAGGGAAUUUUGUCAGCUCUGUUUAUAUCGAGUCAGUUGUCUGAUGAACAUGUUCAUCCAAAAUCAAUGAGUAGUAGUAGAAGUAGUAGUAGAAGUAGUAGUAGCAGUAGUAGUUUGACGUUGAGUUCCACGAAUUCUUCAUUGACGGCACAUUCAGUUUCCUCUUCCUCAUUGAGUGAUAGUCUAUCCUCUUCGAGUCAAUCGUCAUCGAAAUCAACGAGUCAGCACAAAGCUGCCUCGAUGUUGAAUCCACGCCAACAACAUGGAAAUGUGUUGAAAGAAUUUAUGAGGAAAUUGUCCAUGAAAAAGCAAUAA